AUGUUGAAUGUCUUCACAACAUGGUGUGCGGGCGGUUUUUCAUCCGGUGCCACUGGGAUCCAGAAGGAAUUCGGUGUCUCUUCGGAAGUCACCACUCUGUGUCUGUCUCUUUAUGUGCUGGGAUAUGCCGUCGGCCCCGUUCUCCUAGCACCACUCUCAGAGUACUUUGGACGCCAACCAGUUUAUGUCGUCUCGUGGUUUCUGCUGUUUAUAUUCCAGCUCCCGCUCGCUCUGGCCCCCAAUAUCGGCACCAUUCUUGUCUGUCGAUUCAUCGCAGGAUGCGCAGGAGGGGCCCCGUUGACUAAUACUGGUGGAAGUAUUAGCGACUUGUGGGAACGCAAUGAGAGUGGUGGCCCCAUGGCCGUCUAUGGCCUUAGCAGCACCUUUGGCCCGCCUAUGGCUCUAGUGAUCACGGGCUAUAUCGGGCUGAAUGCUGGGUGGCGGAUGAUCUUCUGGGUGUUCAUGGCGAUGACUGGUGGCAUCUGGAUUCUCCUAGUCUUUACCGUUCCUGAAACACGACACACAAUCAUCUUGGAGAAGAAAGCAAGACGCGUGCGCAAGCAGAUGAAGAGGGAGACACUGCGAUCAGCAGAGUCAACGUUGGAUGUUCAUGCCAGCAGUCGCAAGGGACUACAUGAGUUGUUUGGCAUCACUCUCACUCGGCCUUUUCGCUUUUUGUUUUCAGAGCCGAUUACAACCUUCUCUGCCAUCUAUAAUGGGUUCCUCUACGGCCUGGUGUAUCUAUUCAACGAGGCCAUCCCCUUGGUGUUUGGUGCCCCGAAGGGCCACCCCUUCAAUACCGGCCAACAGGGUCUCGCAUUCCUGGGAAUGGCAGUCGGCCCCCUCAUUGCAUUCUGCCUGUACCCAUUGCAGGAACGAUACUAUCUGCGCCGUGUGGCUGAAAAUGAUGGAAAAGGAGUUCCGGAGGCUCGGAUGUGGAUGGCACGCGGGGGCGCCAUCUUGAUUCCCAUCAGCUUGUUUUGGUUUGGAUGGACCAGUUACCGUUCGGUUCACUGGAUUGUUCCAAUCAUUGCCUCCUCAUUCUUUGGUGCUGGAAUCUACAUUGUCAUUCUCAGCAUUCUCAAUUAUGUGGUCGAUAGCUAUCAGACCUACUCUGCCUCGGCCCUCGCAGGGGUCAUUUUGGUACGGAAUGUAGUUGGUGCUGGGUUUCCCUUGUUUGCUACGCAGAUGUAUGAGAAGUUGGAUUACGAAUGGGCCUCUAGUCUCUUGGGCUUCAUUUCGAUUCUAUUGGUACCGAUCCCGUUUAUCUUCUUCUACAAAGGCAAAGCGAUUCGACUUCGAAGCCCAUGGGCCCGGGAGCAUUUCGAUCAGAAUGAAGAUAACCCUCACUGA